AAUAGUACACCGAUUAGCUAUUUAUCGCCACAAAAGGACAAUCAGCAGAGAGCUGAUCUACUCCAGAUUGAAUUUUCGCAAGUCGGUUUUGGAGACUGGUGUUUGGAAGCUAACAGCAUCAUGGUCAACGUACUAAAGGGUGUUCUUGUCGAAUGUGACCCUGCCAUGAAGCAGUUCCUACUGUACCUAGAUGAGACGUCUGCCCUGGGAAAGAAGUUUAUCAUACAGGACCUUGACGAGACCCAUGUUUUCAUUCUGGCCGAGGUGGUCCACAUACUCCAGGAGAGAGUUGGGGAGCUGAUGGAUCAGAACUCCUUCCCCAUCACUCAGAAAUAAAGAAGGAAGAAGGUGCUUAAGCAAUCGAACAAGUGAUGUUCUUUACAAACAUUGAACUGUCUGUCUGGGGAUUUUUGUUCAGUGAAAUAUUUGUAUUUAUAGGUGUGAUCCUUUAUUCUGCAUGCCAGCAGCCCACGUUUCCUCAAGGAAUUUAUCAUUAGUUUUUCAUCCAAACUGGUGCAAAUAUGUUUUGUUAAAUGUGUUGUCUUUUGAUCAUGCUUUAAAAUGAGACCGGUGGCUAUUAGCCUACACUGCAAACUUGCGAAUGACCGAUGUUUCAGCCCACUUUAAUACACCUGUUUCUAUGGUGUAUAAAUAAUUAAAUUUCAUGUAUAUUCAUAACUUUUAGAUGGCUUAAAUUACAUGUAAUAAACUUUUGUAUCUGUCUCAA